AUGGAUGAACUACGAGCUUUACGACACCAAAAGGCCUUAGAAUUACUAGAAGAGCCUGGAAUGAGAGAAUCUUUCAGGAAAGAUUUAAGUUUAACUGCAUUAAAAGAGUGGGAAGAAGCCGGAGAACCUUUUGAAGAGGACGAAGAAAUAUUAGCAUACCUCGAGUACAAGAAAAAUGAAGCUUGUAAAAAUGGUACUGACUCUGCUAACUCUGGAUCAGCUGAUGGAGUUACUAGACAAGGAUCAAUUGGUAAUAAGUCUAUUAAUAUACUACCCGAUUUAAUAAAGCCGAUCUCACACAAAAUUUAA